AUGCUUUCUCAGAAGCAGGAUUUGGUAAUUUGUCCAAAAUCAAGGAAAUCAUUGACCAAGAAUAAUUCACCAGUUUUCUGUUCAUAUCUGCCUUUUCUUUUCAAAUCUAUCUCAACCUAUUCAUAUCUAUCUAUCUAUCUAUCUAUCUUACAUUUCUUUCUCACUCUCUUUCAAUAUAUAUAUGUAUAUAAAUUGAUCUCAUUAUGCCUCCUAUUUCUCUCUCUCUCUCUCUCUCUCUCUAUUUAUCUAUCGGCGUAUAUGUGUGAGUCUAUCUAUCUAUCUAUCUAUCUAUCUGAUCUGAUUCUAUCUAUCUAUCUAUCUAUCUAUCUAUCUAUCUAUCUAUCUAAUUCAGUAUCUAUCUGUGUUCAUAUCCGCCUAUUAUUCGCAAAAUCUAUCUUUUGUUAUUUUCUUUUUCAUAUCCUCGUCUUCUCCAAUAUUCCGUGCCCCCACCACCAAACCCGGACAUCUUUUUUUUAUUUUCCUCGAGUUGAGUCUGAAAUAACUGUAAACUACCCGGCGGUACAACGCAAAUUUGAAGUUUUUUCCAUUGAUAUAAUCUAUCUAAAUAUCUAUCUAUCUAUCUAUCUAUCUAUCUAUCUAUUUAGCUAUCUAUUCAGCAGAUCAUUAAAAUCUAUCUAUCUAUCUAUAGAUGAAAUCUAUCUAUCUAUUUAUCUAUCUCAUGCCUUCUGUUUUAUCUAUCUAUCUAUCUAUCUAUCUAUCUAUCUAUCAAAUCUCACGCCUUCUCCUGUUCAUAUAUCCAUCCUGUUUAUCUAUCUAUCUAUCUAUCUAUCUAUCUAUCUAUCUAUCUAUCUAUUCCAGUCUGUUCAUAUCUAUCUUCUUCUUUUCAUACCCAAAAAUCUAUUUCUUUCUGUAGAUAUCUUUAUCUCAUUCUUUUCAUGUUUAUCAAUCUAUGUUGUUCCGUUCAUCCAUCUAUCUAUCUCAUAUAUUUCUUAUCUAAUAACCUAUUUCUUUCUUUUCAUCUAUCUAUCUAUCUAUCUAUCUAUCUAUCUAUCUAUCUAUCUAUCUAUCUGUCACCGUUUGCUCGAAUCUAUCUAUCUAUCUAUCUCAUAUAUUUCUUAUCUAAUAACCUAUUUCUUUCUUUUCAUCUAUCUAUCUAUCUAUCUAUCUAUCUAUCUAUCUAUCUAUCUAUCUAUCUAUUUCUUCCAGUCUAUUCAUAUCUAUCUAUCUAUCUAUAUAUCUAUCUAUCUCCCUCUUUUCAUAUCUAAAAAUCUAUUUCUUUCUCUACAUAUCUUUAUCUCAUUCUUUUUAUUGCAUUGUCGUGUAAAACCUAUCUAUCUAUCUAUCUAUCUAUCUAUCUAUCUAUCUAUCUAUCUAUCUAUCUAUCUAUCUGAGUAUGAUCAUAUGUAUCUGUUUUUGUUCAUAUCUAUCUAUCUAUCACUGUUCGUAUGUAUUCAUUCUCUGUCUGAAUGUAUGUAUCUAUCUAUUUAUCUAUCUACCACUGCAGUUACCACGACCGGUGGCUGGGACGAACUCUCCGCCGUUUCUCUCCUGUCUCCGUCAACAUUUGUAUUUAUUGACAUUCGCCCAAACUGA